GAGAGUGUUUGAUUCGUAAUGCCGUCGGUUCCAGCAUCGUGUCAUCGUUUCUUUAAAGAUGACAUUCUCUCACAAGUUACACAAACCUUGUGUUUAACGUUACAAGUUAGCAGCGAUGUCGCUUGGUAACCUUGGCUCAUUUAGCGACUAAAGUUAAGAGCUUCGGGUGAUGUUAAAUUUUGGCUAAUUCGUUGUUGGGGAGCUCAUGGGAGCUGAUGGUGAAUGGACUGGGUGAAGACGAACUAGCAGAAAGUGAAGGCAUAACAAUGGAAACGGAGGACCAGCCGAAAGAAGCUGAAUCACUUUGUGAAAGUGCUGAAAAAGAUGCUUCAGAAGACACGUGUCAGUCAGAUGGAGGAAACCCAUCAACUCAGGACUCUAAUAUUAGCAAUGGAGGUGAUGCAGAGGAUAAGCAGGAGAUGGUGGAUCUAAAGAUUAUUUGGAACAAGAUCAAAUAUGACCUGAAGAUUCCGGUUGAUAGCACUGGAGCCAGACUUAAAGAGAGGAUCCAUUCACUUACCGGUCUUCCACCAGCAAUGCAGAAAGUGAUGUACAAGGGGUUACUUCCUGAAGACAAGACGCUACGUGAAAUUAAAAUUACAAAUGGUGCAAAAAUAAUGGUGGUAGGAUCGACAAUAAAUGAUGUAUUAGCUGUGAAUACACCCAAAGAGGUAAUUCAGCAGGAGGUGAAAGCUGAGGAAAACAAAAAAGAACCUUUAUGCAGACAAAAGCAACACAGGAAGGUAUUAGACAAAGGUAAACCAGAUGACAUCAUGUCAGCUGUGAAGGGAGCAAAGGUGAGAGAUGAACUUGUGUACCAUAACAGGUCCCAGAAGCAGCACAGAUCCAUUGUCACAAACACUGUGAUUUCAGAACGACUACCAACUGUGCCUUUAUCCGGUAUGUACAACAAAUCCGGUGGAAAAGUUAGACUCACUUUCAAACUGGAGCAAGACCAGUUGUGGAUCGGAACUAAGGAAAGGACAGAGAAAGUUCCGAUGGGCUCCAUAAAAAACGUAGUGACUGAACCCAUUGAAGGCUACGAGGACUAUCACAUGAUGGCGUUUCAGUUGGGUCCGACAGAAGCCUCUCAGUAUUGGGUCUACUGGGUGCCUGCACAGUUUGUCGAUGCAAUCAAAGACACGGUCCUUGGAAAAUGGCAGUAUUUCUAAUGUGCCUCUAUUUUUGACAAUGACAAACUGAGAUUGCGAAGAGGAGCUGAUGGAAAAUGAAACUGGAGACAACAAGGAGGCUUAAAGAACUUGGAAUAUGUAAGAGAAGCAAACUGAAGGAUGCCUGUGGACUAAUCAUAUUAUUUGGGGUUAAAAGUGCACUAUGGGGCAGCAUCAUAUUUCUCAGUUCAUCGGUCAAGAUUUUCAGCUAAUCCAAGGGAAAAUGAUGAAACAAUUGUACAGAAAUUGCUAACACUUUUCCUCAGUUAUUCUUAAAGAAAUAAAACUUAUUUA